CAUAAUGAAUAGAGUUGCGCUACUAUACUAUAUUGUGUCUCUUAUUACUUCAUGAGCCAGACUCUGAUUAGAUCAAUCAGAUGAUCUCUAUCUAGCUUUGCUUUUUGAUGAUGAAUUGUUGCACAAAAGUGUGCAAACUAUUUUUACGCAUACAACCAGCAAAACGUUACAUCAACACAAUGAUACAUCCACUAAUUGCAGUAUGCCAAAUGCGAUCAAUAGCUGACAAAGUGAAAAAUCUACAGGUUGUGAGCGAAUUAGCAGCUGAGGCCAAACGCAGAUCAGCCACAAUAGCAUUUUUUCCUGAAGCUUGCGAUUUUUUGGCAAAUAAUAAAAAGGAUAUUGUCACCAUGGCUGAACCUUUAACUGGAGUGAUAGUGACGUCUUAUAAAGAGAUCGCUAUUAAGAAUAAUAUCUGGUUAUCCUUAGGUGGAAUUCACGAAGCUUCAGACAAUAUGGAAAAGAUUUACAAUACGCAUAUAUUGAUAAAUAAUGAAGGAGAACUGGUUGCUGUAUAUAGAAAAUUACACUUGUUUGAUAUGGAUAAUAAGGAUACUGGAGUACGUCUGAUGGAAUCGGACUAUGUGCUUAAAGGAAUUGAAAUUGUGCCACCUGUGCUUACACCGGUCGGCAAGCUCGCGCUUAGCAUUUGUUAUGACAUACGGUUUCCCGAGUUAUCGAUAAUAUUGCGGAAUAUGGGAGCGCAGAUUCUUACAUAUCCAUCAGCAUUCACAUAUGAAACUGGCGCUGCACACUGGGAGGUGAUGCUGCGAGCACGAGCAAUAGAAAAUCAGUGUUAUGUCAUAGCUGCAGCGCAAACUGGCACGCACAACAAAAAAAGAAUGAGCUGGGGUCAUGCCAUGAUUGUAGAUCCUUGGGGUACUAUUAUAGCACAAUGUGCGGAUAAAAUGGGUAUAGCUAUGGCAGAAAUUGAUCUUGCACUAUUGGAAAAAAUUAGGAAAAAUAUGCCGUGCGAACAACACCGCCGUAAUGAUUUAUACUCAAGAAUGGAAUGUCAAUAGUCUACUUAAUACGGUUAAAAAUUAAUUAGCAUGUAAGGCAGGGCUCACACUACAUUGCCUUACUGAUGAGUUUAGUAGUGAGGAUGAGUUUAGUACUGAGACGAAACGCUGCGGCCAACUAAAAAGCUUCGAGUCAGGCUUCCUUGGACACGAAUAUCAUUUCCAUACAAACAUCCACAACACAAUAAAAACUCUUGCAAAACAUAUUAAAUAUGUUUCAGCAUACUUACAAUCGAUAAAACUGCUUAUAAAAUAUAUUAAAAAGUCUUUUGUUUUAUUAAUAAGUAAUUAUAUAUCUAGGAAACAAUCUCGCACACUUGGGUGUGCG